AUGAAGCUCCUUACCCCCCUUCUCGCAACAGCAGAAACAGCCCACUUAAGUGUCCCAGCAGGAUGGGUCUCCUCCGUGCAAAGCAAGGAUGGCUGCUCCAAUGGCCUCGACCUCUGCUACACGCUGCAGGGAUACUCGCCGGAGGGUAACAACAUCCCUGACCCUAGACCCACAGAGCUCGCAAAAUGCGAUGCACAAUACACGCUGUGCUACGAAACCUGCGACCUUUACACAUUAGUGCAUGAAGAUGAUGCUUCUCAUUCCUCUGCAAGCUCAAGGUCAAGGCCUGACAAGGCUGUACCGUGGAUUUACACGGGUGUGGGCACGAUUUAUGCUUUCUGUCUGGUCGUGUAA